CAGGCAAAAAUAACACCUUGGCAAAACCGCUGACCUUAGUGUGUACAACUUUAUGGAAACGGUUAAAGGCCGGCGUAAGGAUUUGUAGACGAUCCUGCCUUUGAUCAAAAGAGUACUCUCUGGACCUAUUUCAAAUAUUUAUAAACUCAAGAUGUUCAAAGAUGAGAAGAUGCCUCUUCUAGGUAAUUCACUUCCUCACAACGGCUACCACUCCAAUACCUUGAAUACUGGAGAUAACUAUGAUGCACAAGUUGCAGGGAUGGGUUCAAAAGAAGACGGCUCUGUUAUCUCCUUCCAUGAGAUAUCCUACACUGUACGCACCAAACAAAAUGGAGUAAAGAUUGACAAGAACAUACUCAAUCAGAUAAGUGGCAUUAUGAAACCUGGUGUUAAUGCAAUUCUGGGACCAACUGGAAGUGGAAAAACAACAUUGCUUGAUGUCCUGGCAGGGAGAAAAGACCCUCAUUGUCUCACAGGAACUGUACUCAUAGAUGGGAGACUUCAACCUGAAAACUUUAAAUGUAUUUCAGGUUAUGUUGUUCAGGAUGAUGUUGUAAUGGGGACACUUACGAUUCGUGAGAACCUGAACUUUUCUGCUUGCCUGAGGCUCCCUCGCACUCUCAGCAAAAAAGACAGAGAACAGCGUGUGAACGAGACCGUGCGUGAUCUGGGGCUGACCGAGGUGGCAGAUCAGAAGGUUGGGACCGAGUUCAUCCGGGGAGUUUCGGGAGGAGAACGGAAGCGCACAAGUAUAGGCAUGGAGCUUAUUACGUCGCCGUCUGUGCUAUUUUUGGAUGAGCCGACCACCGGCCUUGACGCGUCGACCGCAUGUACCGUCAUUCGUCUGCUCCACACGCUGGGCAGGCGAGGAAAGACCAUCAUCUUCUCCAUUCACCAGCCUCGCUACUCGAUCUUCAAGCUAUUUGACAGCAUGAUACUCCUCUCCGUGGGAGAUAUGGUCUACCAAGGCCUGGCUAGUGACGCUCUCGUUUAUUUCGACAAAAUUGGUUACUCUUGCGAAGCUCACAAUAAUCCGCCGGACUUCUUCAUGGAUGUAAUAAAUGCAAAUCAAGGCGCUGUUUCUGGAUCCACCGACUCCGCGGUUGUUUUGAUGGACUCGUCACAUCAGCCAGUCCGAGACAUGGUGCAUGCGUACAAGACGUCAAGCCACGCACAGCAGAUUGCAGAGGAGAUCCGACCAAUCCUGGACGAGUUUUACAAUAACGAGCGGUCGCUUGGUUACCCGGAUGUCAAAGAAGUCGGUUACGCUACCUCCUUUUUGACACAGCUUUACUACGUGUCUGGUCGCGCUGUCAAGAACAUUUUACGAAAUCCACAGACGUCAGUCGUACAGAUGUUCACGAUGGUCAUCUUUGCCGUUAUUGUUGGCGCCAUAUAUUACAACCAAACAGACGGACCAAGCGGCUUACAGAAUAGAGUGGGGGCGUUUUUCUUCAUUGUAAUGAACAUGGUCUUCGGUAAUCUAUCAGCUGUGGAACUGUUCAUCAAAGAGCGCAAGAUCUUCAUGCACGAGUCCGCAGGAGGCUAUUAUCGCGUCUCUGCCUACUUCCUGGCCAAAGUACUAUGCGAUAUAAUCCCCAUGCGGCUUAUCCCCAUAUCUGGCUUCAGCGCCAUUGUCUACUUCAUGAUCGGGUUCAAACGUGAAGUCUUGAAGUUCUUCAUCUUCCUGCUAACGCUGGUGCUGACGUCACUCUGCGCAUGCGGGCUUUCCUUCUUCGUGAGUGCAAGUGUAGAGACCUUCGCCAUCGCUAACUUGCUCAUUGCUCUCCCUUACGUGUUCAUGAUGGUUUUCAGCGGAGUGCUUGUAAACCUUGGGUCUGUGGGAGCGUGGCUCUCGUGGAUCAAGUACAUCAGUAUAUUCAGAUACGCUGUCGAGAGUCUGGAGGCGAACGAGCUGGAAGGAAUGGUGUUCCAUUGCGGAGCUGUCAACAUGUCAUGUCCUACAGGAGACGAAUACCUGAGUGCCCAAGGCGUCAAACCAGGCGACCUCUGGUACAACGAGCUGGCACUAGGUUCCAUGACCGUCAUUCUCCUCCUCUUCGCUUACUUGUCCCUACGUUUAGUCAAGAAGGAAAAGUAGCGGCAGAAGUCUAAUCCAGGGCCAUUGCAGGGGGUGGGGCAUUGGGGGCGUGGCCAUAGCAGGGGGUGUGGCUGUGACAAACAUAUUUUCUGUAGUGUCUGUAUCGUGCAACCAGCCCCCCUCCCCCCCCAAAAAAAAAUUGGAGACUACGACAGCUCUAUAUUUAUACGGAAGGUUAUAUAUUAGAAUGACAAACAUAGAGUGGUUUUCAUAAACUUUAGCCUAGCACUAAUGAACUAUAAUAUCUCUUUUGUUCUGUUCUGUUUAACCGGUUUAUGAAAACCACACUAUUUGCCAAAUAUGAUGUCCUACCCUUAGUUUUAAAAGAAGUGUAGUAGUAUAGAAAUAUAUCUAGAAUCUGAUUAUAGUCAACCCAGACUAGUGUAAAAUAGGAUCGCAACUAGAUCAUAAAAACUCUGACAAAUGCUACAAUAUUGUCAUUUAUAGAAUUUAUUUUUAUAUUAGUAUUUAUAAUUACCUUAUAUAAUAUAUAUAUUUUUUUUAUCGAAAUACCUAAGCGAUUCGCCCGUUCUUUGCAUCAAUAAAAGUCGUCGAAUUUUUUAAGAAUAACAGGUUCAUUUAUAUGCUGACGACUAUCAAAAGCAACAUUCUAGUUAAAAUGCGCCCCAUGACAUAUUGUAAUGUUUUAAUAUCUAAAAAAAAAAUUAAAAUGUCAAAUUCUGUUUUUUUAA